AUGGAAGUUAGUGAGAAUGAUGAUGUUAAACUGAAUAGGAAUAAAAUCUGUAAACAAGUUGGGAGUAACGACAAGCGUUUUUAUUCUGAUUCAAAGCAAACUAGUCGUCAAACUAAAUACGUGGAUCCGAUUGUUUGUUCAAAGGGGGGUUUUGCCCGAAAAGUUAAAGUCACUACAAGUGUUAUCCGAAAGAAGCCUUUGGGGCCUACUAAACACGAAAAUGUUAAACGGACAGGGUCACAGAGCAACGAACGUUCUUUGGGUUUAAAUAAUGGUUCUGGCCCAAAACCGAGAGUCACUGCUACUGUUGCGUCGCCUGAUAAGCGUUUGAAAGUUGUAGACUCAAAUCUUGGUAAGGAUAAACUGGUGGAUUACAAGGCCCUUGAGAAAAAAAUUCUUGAAAGAAUUGAAUCAAAGGAAUCGGGGAGAAACAGAACUUCUCGUGGCUCAAGACCGGCGGGUAAAACAAAAUUCUAUGACCCCACUUGUCCGGAGGAGGAUGAUCAUGUGAAAAAAGCUGUAGAAAACGCCACAGUUGUAUCAUCGCAGAAGGAAAAAGCUGAACGUGAAAAGUUCAAAAUAGCAAUGGCAAGGUUUGAGCAGGUUUACAAAGAACUCCAUGAAGAGAACAUGAAAAGAUCGACUCUAGAGAAAGUUUCUCCUUUGCAGCUUACGGUAGAUGCUGCCAAAAAGGUUAAGCGAGAGUUAAAACUGAUGGAUCCUGAAAAGAAAAUUGGCUCGAUAUGUGGUGUUCAAGUUGGCGAUAGGUUCCAAUUUAGGUCACAGUUUCAGAUGGUGGGUCUUCAUUGCCAACCAUAUCGGGGUAUCGACUAUAUUAAUAAUGGAAAGAGUUUGGCUAUAAGUGUUGUUGAUUCUCAUCGUUACUCAAAUGUUAGUGGAUAUUCUGAUAAGCUGAUUUAUAGUGGUCAUGGUGGUGGUAAUGGAAUUGGAUUGUAUGGGCCUAAAACAACACCUGAAGAUCAAGAACUUAAGCAGGGAAAUCUGGCGUUGAAGAACAGUAUGGAUGAGAAAAGUCUAGUUCGAGUUAUUAGGAAAGUUAAAGUGGCUGAAAGAGACGAAUUUGUGUAUGAUGGAUUGUACAUGGUGAAGGACUAUAAAGAAGUGAUAAGUGAAGAAGGCACACUUGUAUUUAAGUUUGAAUUGAACAGAGUACCCGGUCAGCCUUCACUUCAUGAGAUGUUCAAUGGUAAUUGGCAACUUCAUUGA